GCAUUUUAACCGAGCCGUUGAUGAUCCAUGGUGCAGUGUAUGCGAUACGUAAGAAAAGUUACGUAGGUGUGCGCAGAAUUGUGAGGACCGCCGUGAGUCUGAGAAGGGGUAUGUGAAGGAUCGGUUACAGAGGCGGCUGGGAUAGUCAACAUCAUGGCUCAACAGAACGUGGAGGGAUAUGUUGGCUUUGCAAACCUUCCCAAUCAAGUGUACAGGAAGUCUGUGAAGAGAGGUUUUGAGUUCACUCUCAUGGUUGUGGGGGAAUCUGGUUUGGGAAAGUCAACGUUGAUCAACUCACUGUUCCUGACAGACUUGUAUUCUCCAGAAUACCCUGGGCCUUCACAUAGAAUCAAGAAGACUGUACAGGUGGAACAGUCCAAGGUGCUAGUAAAGGAGGGCGGAGUCCAGCUGCUCCUCACAAUAGUCGACACCCCAGGGUUCGGCGAUGCCGUGGACAACAGUAACUGCUGGCAGCCAGUCAUCGAUCACAUCGACAGCAAGUUUGAGGAUUACCUCAACUCCGAGUCCCGCGUGAACAGACGGCAGAUGCCCGACAACAGAGUGCACUGCUGCCUGUACUUCAUCGCCCCCUCAGGACACGGACUGAAACCGCUGGACAUCGAGUUCAUGAAACGGUUACAUGAGAAAGUGAACAUCAUCCCUCUCAUUGCCAAAGCUGAUACUCUGACUCCUGAGGAGUGCCAACAGUUCAAGAAGCAGAUCAUGAGAGAAAUCCAGGAGCACAAGAUCAAGAUCUACGAGUUCCCCGAGACCGACGACGAGGAGGAGAACAAGCUCGUGAAGAAGAUAAAGGACCGCUUACCUCUGGCCGUCGUCGGGAGCAACACCAUCAUCGAGGUCAAUGGGAAGAGGGUUCGAGGGAGGCAGUACCCGUGGGGCGUGGCUGAAGUGGAGAAUGGAGAGCACUGUGAUUUCACCAUCCUCAGAGACAUGCUGAUCAGGACCCACAUGCAGGACCUGAAGGACGUCACCAAUAACGUCCACUACGAGAACUACAGGAGCGGGAAGCUGGCAGCUGUCACCUACAACGGAGUGGACAACAACAAGAGCAAGGGCCAGAUGACCAAAUUUGACACAGUUGAAGGCAUGAGCCCCCUGGCCCAGAUGGAGGAGGAGAGGAGGGACCACGUGGCUAAGAUGAAGAAGAUGGAGAUGGAGAUGGAGCAGGUGUUCGAGAUGAAAGUCAAGGAGAAGAUCCAGAAGCUGAAAGACUCCGAGGCUGAGCUGCAGAGGCGCCAUGAGCAGAUGAAGAAGAACCUGGAGGCCCAGCACAAGGAGCUGGAGGAGAAGCGGCGCCAGUUUGAGGACGACCGGGCCAGCUGGGAGGCGCAGCAGCGCCUGCUGGAGCAGCAGAAACUGGACGCCUCCAGGACCUUGGAGAAGAACAAAAAGAAAGGGAAGAUCUUUUAAAGUGUUCGGGGAACAGCGCUUUGUAUUUGCCAAUUUGCCAGCCUGGAUGACUGUGUUUUCGUCAAAGGGCAACGCACAGGUUCAGCUGAAUAUCAUCUGCAUGAGGGAGGGCCAGAACGCUGCUGCCUGUGGCCUUUGGGGUGGG